AUGAAUAGGAAAAAUAGGAUAAUUCAAAGCAAGGCGCAGUUAGAAGCCAUCGUCGAGAACCUGUCAGAUUUAUCUGAUAUUGACUCUGACGAUGAUGCCUAUUAUCAGACAGCCGCUGUUAACGGCCCAGCGGAUGACCUUAAUUUUACUGAAGAUACCAUUAUUGAAAGUUGUCUUGAGGAAAUGUUAGGUGCUUCUCAUAUUUUAGAAGAAAAUAUUGAAUGUACAGAAUUAUAUUCGGAAAAUUCUCUGAGAAAUGUUCUGAAAGAAAACAGCACGAUUAGUAGAGUAAGUGAGAGAUCAGAACAACAAAUUGAGGGUUCACCAACCCAGAUCAUAAAUGAACACAUAGAGACACAAGAAGAAUGGAGAGAAAUAGUGAAUCUCACUGAUAGAGAAAUCGAAAUAGAGCAAUGUUUUGAUGAGAUAUUUCACGAAUCCAGUUACGAUUAUCCCAUUCAGAAAGAUGAUACAAGUGCGGGACCUUCUAACCACAAUGUUACUGAAAUAGUAAAUCAAGCUUCGGAACAUCAUUCAAGGCAAAGAAGAGCUAUCAAUGUAUCCAGGCCAAGACAACCACGGGAGUGGAAAAUUGAAAAAGAAAUACAUUAUAUUUGGGAAUUCAUUAAUACAAUUAAACCAAAAUCUGCAUAUAAUCUUAAAACUCGGCUCAUUGAUGUUUUUAAGAAGUCUUUUCCUGAAUAUUUGGUUUAA